CUCCGUGCGGUCUCUGACACCCUCAGCCCACCUGUCACCCAAGCUGGAGCCUAGCGCCUGCUAAUCCUUUGCACACGGCCCAGCUACUGCCAAUUAAUCUUCCUUGUGUCUGAGGGGCCAGCUACUAGUGGCAGCGAGAAGGCAAUUCCUGGCUGGCGGUUGGCAUCUGAGCAGGUGUCAGGAUGUUGGGCUGGGUCCAGAGGGUGCUGCCUCAGCCCCCAGGAACCCCUCGGAAGACCAAGAUGCAGGAGGAAGAGAAAGUGGAACCAGAGCCAGAGCUGGAGGCGGAGGUGGAACCAGAGCCAAACCCCGAGGAGGCUGAGACAGAGUCCGAGUCCAUGCCCCCCGAAGAGUCAUUCAAGGAGGAGGAAGUGGCUGUGGCGGACCCAAGUCCUCAGGAGACCAAGGAGGCUGCCCUUACUUCCGCCAUAUCCCUCCAGGCCCAGGGCGCUGAGAGUUCUGAAAUGAACAGUCCCAGCCGCAGGGUGCUGACCUGGCUCAUGAAGGGCGUGGAGAAGGUGAUCCCACAGCCUGUCCAUAGCGUCACGGAGGACCCAGCUCAGAUCCUGGGGCACGGCAGCACUGGGGACACAGGGUGCACAGAUGAACCCAAUGAGGCCCUCAAGGCCCAAUACAUGAGGCCCGGGUCACGGCUGCUCCUGUGGCUGGAGCAGAAUCUGGAGAGAGUGCUUCCUCAGCCCCCCAAAUCCUCUGAGGUCUGGAGAGAUGAGUCUGCAGUUGCUACAGGUGCUGCCUCAGACCCAGUGCCUCCAGGACGCCCCCAGGAAACAGAGCCCAAGCUGCAGCCCCGCGAGAGCGCCCCCCUGCCCACGCCUGUCCCCCUGCAGCCCAAGGAGGAACCCAAGGAGGUGCCAGCUCCAGAGCCCCAGCCUAGCUCCUCCCUGCCACCACCCAGGGACCCUGCCAGGCUGGUGGCGUGGGUCCUGCACAGGCUGGAGAUGGCUUUGCCGCAGCCAGUGCUACAUGGCAAGAUAGGGGAACAGGAGCCUGACUCCCCUGGGAUAUGUGAUGUGCAGACCAUCAGCAUCCUUCCUGGAGGGCAAGUGGAGCCUGACCUCGUCCUAGAAGAGGUUGAACCGCACUGGGAGGAUGCCCACCAGGAUAUCAGUACCAGCUUGCAGGGUACAGAAGUGGUUCCAGCUUAUGAAGAAGAGAACAAAGCCGUGGAAAAGAUGCCGAGAGAACUGUCCAGGAUUGAAGAGGAGAAAGAAGAUGAGGAGGAGGAAGAGGAAGAGGAGGAGGAGGAAGAGGAGGAGGAGGUGACUGAGGUGCUGCUGGAUAGCUGUGUGGUGUCGCAGGUGGGCGUGGGCCAGAGCGAAGAAGACAGAACCCUGCCCCAGAGCGCUUCAGACCAGAAGCUGUGGGAGGAAGCUGGGGAGGAGGCCGAGAAGGAGGCUGAAGAGAAGGCCAAGGAGGAGGCUGAAGAGGAGGCUGAAAAGGAACACCAGGACCGCGCCGAGACCAAGGAGGAGCCUGAGGCUGAGGCCAAGGCUGCCAGUUCAGGAGGUAGGUGUGGUGGUGUGCACCCGGAAGUGCAGGUGGAAGAUACGGAUGCUGAUAGCUGCCCCCUCUUGGCAGAAAAGAAUCCACCCUCACCCGUGUUGCCGCCACCGUCUCCUGCCAAAUCCGACACCCUUGCAGUCCCAAGCUCAGCCUUGGGGACACACAGGAAGAAGCUGCCCUCUGAGGAUGAUGAAGCUGAAGAACUUAAGGCGUUGUCACCAGCUGAGUCCCCAGUGGUUGCCUGGUCGGACCCCACCACCCUGAAUGACACUGACGGCCAGGACCGUGCAGCCUCCGCGGCCAGCACAAAUAGCGCCAUCAUCAAUGACCGGCUCCAGGAGCUGGUGAAGCUCUUCAGGGAGCGGACAGAAAAAGUGAAGGAGAAACUCAUCGACCCUGAUGUCACCUCUGAUGAGGAGAGCCCCAAGCCCUCCCCAGCCAAGAAAGCCCCAGAGCCAGCUCCAGACACAAAGCCUGCUGAAGCCGAGCCAGUGGAAGAGGAACACUAUUGCGACAUGCUCUGCUGCAAGUUCAAACGCCACCCCUGGAAGAAGUACCAGUUUCCCCAGAGCAUUGACCCACUGACCAACCUGAUGUAUAUCCUGUGGCUGUUCUUCGUGGUGAUGGCCUGGAAUUGGAACUGUUGGCUGAUUCCCGUGCGCUGGGCCUUCCCCUACCAGACCCCGGACAACAUCCACCUCUGGCUGCUGAUGGAUUACCUAUGCGACCUCAUCUACUUCCUGGACAUCACUGUGUUCCAGAUGCGCCUGCAGUUUGUCAGAGGCGGGGACAUCAUUACAGACAAAAAGGACAUGCGAAAUAACUACCUGAAGACUCGCCGCUUCAAGAUGGAUCUGCUCAGUCUCUUGCCCUUGGAUUUUCUCUAUUUGAAAGUGGGCGUGAACCCCCUCCUCCGCCUGCCCCGCUGUUUAAAGUACAUGGCCUUCUUCGAGUUUAACAACCGCCUGGAAUCCAUCCUCAGCAAAGCCUACGUGUACAGGGUCAUCAGGACCACAGCCUACCUUCUCUACAGCCUGCAUUUGAAUUCCUGUCUUUAUUACUGGGCAUCGGCCUAUCAGGGCCUCGGCUCUACUCACUGGGUUUACGAUGGCGUGGGAAACAGUUAUAUUCGCUGUUACUACUUUGCUGUGAAGACCCUCAUCACCAUCGGGGGGCUGCCUGACCCCAAGACACUCUUUGAAAUUGUCUUCCAGCUGCUGAAUUAUUUCACGGGCGUCUUUGCUUUCUCUGUGAUGAUUGGACAGAUGAGAGAUGUGGUAGGGGCCGCCACCGCGGGACAGACCUACUACCGCAGCUGCAUGGACAGCACGGUGAAGUACAUGAACUUCUACAAGAUCCCCAAGUCCGUGCAGAACCGCGUCAAGACCUGGUACGAGUACACCUGGCACUCGCAAGGCAUGCUGGAUGAGUCAGAGCUGAUGGUGCAGCUUCCAGACAAGAUGCGGCUGGACCUCGCCAUCGACGUGAACUACAACAUCGUGAGCAAAGUCGCACUCUUUCAGGGCUGUGACCGGCAGAUGAUCUUUGACAUGCUGAAGAGGCUUCGCUCUGUUGUCUACCUGCCCAAUGACUAUGUGUGCAAGAAGGGGGAGAUCGGCCGUGAGAUGUACAUCAUCCAGGCAGGACAAGUGCAGGUCUUGGGCGGCCCUGAUGGGAAAUCUGUGCUGGUGACGCUGAAAGCUGGAUCUGUAUUUGGAGAAAUAAGCUUGCUGGCUGUUGGGGGCGGGAACCGGCGCACGGCCAACGUGGUGGCCCACGGGUUUACCAACCUCUUCAUCCUGGAUAAGAAGGACCUGAAUGAGAUUUUGGUGCAUUAUCCUGAGUCUCAGAAGUUACUCCAGAAGAAAGCCAGGCGUAUGCUGAGAAGCAACAACAAACCCAAGGAGAAGAGCGCGCUGAUCCUUCCGCCCCGGGCGGGCACCCCGAAGCUCUUCAGUGCUGCCCUCGCUAUGACAGGAAAGAUGGGCGACAAGGGGGCAAAAGGCGGCAAACUUGCUCACCUCCGGGCCCGGCUCAAAGAACUGGCCGCGCUGGAGGCAGCUGCAAAGCAGCAAGAGUUGCUGGAACAGGCCAAGAGCUCGCAAGACGCCAAGGGAGAGGAAGGCUCGGCCGCCCCAGACCAGCCCACGCCCCCAAAGGAGGCCACCCUCGACCCACCCGCGCCCCAGACGCCCCCCGAACCCCUGGGGUCUCCACCGCGCUCUCCACCGCCUGCCUCCCUUGGGAGGCCUGAGGGAGAGGAGGAGGGGGCGGCCCAGCCCGAGGAGCACUCGCUGAGGAUCCGCAUGAGCCCAGGCCCGGAGCCCGGCGAGCAGAUCCUGUCGGUGGAGAUGCCGGAGGAAAAGGAGGAGAAGGUGGAGUAA